AUGCAGUUGCUGCUGUGGGUUGUGUUGGUAGCGAGCUGCGUGGACGAGAGGACAGCGACGAGGCCGCAAGCGAGGUCAUCAUGGAUCCCUACCAGGAGUUCAUGCCAACGUUGCUCGCAGCUUUCAAGGAAGUAUGUUAUUGAGUUGAGGGGAGGGCAGAGCGACAUCUCCGACCAUAACUUCAUCUCGGAUCGAUAUCCGAACGUAAAUCCCGACACCAUCAUCCCAGAGUUGGGGAACAUCUCCUUGAGACAAUAUGAGCAAAAACUCGCAGCAGAGGCUGCCGAGGAUUUGGAGGAUUUGUCUUGGAUGGAUGACGCUCGAAAUUUCGAAGAUCUGCGUGUGUCGGACGAUGAAGACAUGGAGUGGCGAUGGCCCUUGUACACUCAGACUAACAACGUCAGCCUCGAUAACCUCCCGUCUUACAAGAAAGACAUGAUCACAAGGGAGUUGGAUCUUCUGGACCCCACAUUUCCAGACAUCUACACCAAAUAUGAGAAAGUGUUUGUCAACGAGGUCAACGAGUCUCAUAUCCCGGAAUCAUUCAAGGAUGAAAUAUGCGACGUGGAUUUCGAGGCCGGGAUUUCGGAUAUGUUGAGAAAGGAGGGCAUGAAAAAAGAGGGAGAAGGUGUUGAGGUCACUCCUGUCCUUCCUGCCUGGCGAGCUGGAAUAAACGCUGGAGACGUGCUGGUCAAGAUUGGGAAUACAACCAUAGAUGAGAUUGCUGACAUUGCAAUGGAAAAGUACAGAAACUACUUGCAGGCUUUCAUAACCAAGGGUACCGAAAUCAAGUUGGAGAUGGACGCGAUCAAGCGGCUGAACAAAGGAGCUGAACUCUGGUCAUACAACGUGAAUGAUACGAAGCUGUUGGUGGAGAGGGAGAUACAAGAGCGACUGACGGGCCCGAGGGGUGAAGGGGUGAACGUGACGAUUGUGGAGACACAAGCUGUGAGUGAUGGGUUCUUACAUGUUUGUGGUCAUGGCAACAUCUGCGAGCACAAGGAUGAUGGUGAUGAGGGUCAGAGUGAAGAAUGGUAUAAUGGCAAACCUGUCUUUCGGACGUUUCAUAUCAAGUUUUCCGAUGAUUUGGCCCUUCCUCCGAACUGGGGAUAUGAAGUUGUAGAGGCGUGGGUGAGCAAGCGAACGCAUCACUUGAAGUGUCAACUCAAUGUAAACUCUGCUGAGUUGCUCAACGUGUAA